UAUUGAAACAAAACACACUGAGGUUGCUGCACAAGAGCCGAGAAGAUGUCUCAUGUGGUAAAGAAACGAAAAUUGGAUAAAACCCGGCAGGACAGACUUUAUUUUGACAGCUAUACCGAUGUGACUAUCCACGAGGAAAUGAUUGCGGACCACGUCCGGACUAACACGUACCGAAUGGCGAUACUUAACAACAGUGAGUCCAUACGGGGGAAAGUUGUGCUGGACGUGGGUGCAGGAACCGGCGUUUUAAGCAUGUUCUGUGUUCAAGCCGGUGCUAGGAAAGUCUACGCCGUUGAAGCUUGUUCUAUAGCCGAACAGGCUGCGAACAUCGUGAAACAGAACAACAUGGAGGACAAAAUUGAAGUGAUUCGAGGCACAGUGGAGACGGUGGACCUACCGGAGAAGGUGGAGGUGAUAGUGAGCGAGUGGAUGGGGUAUGCCCUCCUGCACGAAUCCAUGCUAAACUCGGUCCUCUACGCUCGCGACAAGUGGCUCAAGCCGGGCGGCAUCAUCCUGCCCCACAAAGCCGAGCUCUACAUCGCCCCCGUCAGCGACCCGGUGGUGGAGGACCGCCUACAAUUCUGGUACACGGUCAAAGACCAGUACGGUGUCGACAUGUCCUGCAUGUCCGACUUUGCCAGGGGGUGUAUCAUGAACUCGGACAUCACUGUGAACUCGGUUCACGGGGAGGACGUGCUCUCCCACCCGGCCCGCUUCGCCGAGCUCGAUUUACACACGGUGACCGUGGAGGAGCUGCGCUCCGUCAAGGGGAAGUUUAACUUCGAGUCUUUCGGCUCGGCUGCAGUGAACGCUUUCUGUGUUUUCUUCACGGUCACUUUCCCAUGCCCGGACAAGCCACAGCCGCUGGUGCUCUCCACGUCCCCGUUCAAACCGGAGACGCACUGGAAGCAAGCGGUGCUGUACCUGGAUGCCCCGGUGGAUGUGGUGCAGGACACGGUGGUCACCGGGGAGAUAAGCAUGUUCCCCUCUGAGGAAAGUGCCAGACAUAUAUGCAUCCACGUGGACUACAUCAUAGGAGAGCAGAAAAGACAGUCCAAGACCUUCUCCAUCCCUGACUGGAGCAGUGGAGCUCAGUCAUAGGGCAGCAUCACAUCCUGUGUUACAGUUCAAUCACCAGGCUGCAACACACUCAAAGGCCACAGUCCUUUAUUAAUAUAUGUCACUAAUUCCCAAACCUGCUCCUAAUAACCUGAGUUAUUGAAUAAGUGGAGCUAUGUUGACCAGUGAGGUGAAUCCACAUCUAAAACUAUAACUGAUCAUGGAAAAAUGACAUUAUUGUCUCUUCUGUUUACAACAUUUUUACCCAUAUUUACCACUAAAUGGAGAUAAUUAUGAUUGUUGUAACUAACCUGUAAUGUCUCCAUUAAUCAUGGUCCUAAUAAAUAAGGAAAUAAAUGGGUUAACAUCCCAACAAGUCAAAACCUAACAUUGUUGAUUUACUUUUUCAAAUACUGUUCUUACUAUUAUAUUAUUACAGACCAAUCAAAAAAAGCAAAUCAUUGAAUCUCUAAUUUUCAUUGAUUAUUUUCAGUCUGGAAAAAAACAUUUAAAACUAUAUUUGAGCAUCACCAAAUACUUAAAGUCUCCUGACAAAUGCAUAGUUAAUAGUAGGGUGUAGCUCUGCAAAGCCAAGUGAGGCAGGCAGGUUUUACAAAUUGUUGAAUAAAUGCAAUGCCAUGCUGCAGACACCUGAUAUUCUAUUAAAUGUAAUCAUGCAUAUUGUGGGGAAUCUGAUCAAAAUGCUGAAUUCAAAUGAGGUUUAAACAGAUAUAUUGACUUGGAGCAGCUGCAGGCAGGCAGAAGGUGUUUUACAGGUUUUAAUAACAAACUAAACUUGCUGAUUAUUUUGGUUUCAAAACUAGCACACACUAUCAUGUGUUGCCAGAAACAACUGACUUUAUCCAAAGUUGUAAUUCUACAGCAAAAUUCCAUUACAGUACACGUACAACAAAGCAUUUUAUUUUCAUGCCAUGCUUUACUUGAGUUGUGACCGUGACGUUUUUAUCAGUUACAAUCAAGGAUAACCCUUUUUAAUGAACGUUUAAAGUUUGAUAUCCACCUUGUUAAUAAUUUGUCACUCAUGAAUCAAAUAAAAAAUGGUAUCUGGUCACUGAUCAGUCAUUGGUUCACUGACUCUAGACUACUUUACAGUCAGUGUACAAUUAGAGGGCUUGGAUUUUGAAGGGAGUGCGAUUGGAGUUUGGUGAACUGACAACUGUGUUUCAAAGAUAAUUGUUUAUCAGCUAAGUUCAUUAUUAAAUAAAUGGGAACUAUACUAAUAAAUGGUUUGACUGUUA